GCCGCCAUGGCUCCUGUGAAAAAGCUUGUGGCGAAGGGGGGCAAAAAAAAGAAGCAGGUUUUGAAGUUUACCCUCGACUGCACCCACCCUGUAGAAGAUGGAAUCAUGGAUGCUGCCAAUUUCGAGCAGUUUCUUCAGGAGAGAAUCAAAGUGAACGGAAAACCUGGGAAUCUCGGCGGAGGGGUUGUAACCAUUGAAAGAAGCAAGAGUAAGAUCACAGUAACGUCUGAGGUGCCUUUUUCCAAAAGGUACUUGAAAUAUCUCACCAAAAAAUAUUUGAAGAAGAAUAACCUACGUGACUGGUUGCGUGUAGUCGCCAACAGCAAAGAGAGUUACGAAUUGCGUUACUUCCAGAUAAACCAGGAUGAAGAGGAGGAGGAGGACGAGGAUUAA